GCAUUUUGUACGUUGUCCAGCAGAGGGCGCGCGACCAGGAGGGAGGAAGAGCUCGUUCCCGCAGCAACAGGGAAGAUGGCAGCCCUCGCAUCUCUUACCCAGCUGUCCAGCGGGAACCCUGGUUUCGAGAACUUUUACAGACAGGUGGAUCCUGGGAAUACAGGGAGAGUAGGACCAACAGAAGCUGCCCUGUUUCUAAAAAAGUCUGGACUACCUGAUGUUACACUGGGAAAGAUCUGGGAUGUGGCUGAUCCUGAUGGAAAAGGCUAUCUGGAUAAACAGGGCUUUUAUGUUGCUCUACGGCUAGUGGCCUGUGCACAGAGUGGUCAGGAAGUCAGCUUGUCCAGCCUCAACCUCACAGUUCCUCCUCCAAAGUUUAAGGACACCAGCAGUCCAUCCUUGAGCACCACAAACACUGCUUCUGGUGAAUCCCUCUGGGCUGUCAGGCCUGAGGAGAAGAAUAAAUUUGAUGGGAUCUUUGAGAGUCUUGCUCCAGUCAACGGCCUGUUGUCAGGAGAGAAGGUCAGGCCAGUUCUCAUUAAUUCCAAGCUGCCUCUGGAUGUUCUUGGAAAGGUUUGGGAUUUGAGUGAUAUAGACAAAGAUGGACAUCUGGACAGAGAUGAAUUUGCAGUGGCCAUGCACCUGGUGUACCGGGCUUUGGAGAAGGAGCCUGUUCCUGCUCUCCUCCCCUGCUCUCUCAUCCCUCCAUCGAAAAGGAAAAAGAGUCUCUGCUCAGUGACGGGCCCUGUACCUGGACUACCAGCAAGCCCCCCACCACCCAAAGACUCACUGCGCUCAACACCGUCUCAUGGCAGUAUGACCUCUCUCAACAGCACUGGCAGCCUAUCACCCAAACACACACUCAAGUCAGGGCAGCAUUCUUUGAACUGGGUGGUUCCACUCUCAGAACGUGGUCGCUAUGACGACAUCUUCCUGAAAACGGAUGCUGACCUUGAUGGCUUUGUCAGUGGAUUGGAGGUGAAGGACAUCUUUAUGCAGUCUGGACUUUCUCAGAACCUUCUGGCACAUAUAUGGGCUUUGGCAGACACAAGACAGAUAGGCAAACUAACCAGGGAACAGUUUGCCCUCGCCAUGCAUCUCAUUCAGCAGAAAGUGAGCAAGGGCAUUGAUCCUCCACAAGCCCUAACUGCUGACAUGAUCCCUCCCUCCGAGAGAGGCACUCCUGUACCAACGCUGUCAGGAUUUAUGACUCCAGUUGGAUCAGAAAUGGCCGCUCUGUCAGAAAUCAGAAGGGAUAGCUCUAGCUCCAUGGGUUCAGGAGAGUUCACUGGAAUAAAGGAGCUGGAUGAUAUCAGCCAGGAGAUUGCCCAGUUACAGAGGGAAAAGUAUGUUCUGGAGCAAGACAUCCGGGAGAUGGAGGAGGCUAUCAGACACAAGACUGCAGAGGUGCAGGAGAUGCAGAACGACCUGGACAGAGAGACAAUCAGCCUGCAGGAGCUCGAGGCUCAGAAACAAGAUGCUCAGGAUCGCUUGGAAGAGAUGAACCAGCAGAAACAUAAACUGGAGGACAUGCUGAGCGAAGUGCGCAUCAAGUGCCAGGAGGAGUCUCAGCUGAUCUCAACCCUCCAGAGCCAGAUUCACUCCCAAGAGUCAGACCUGCAGAAUCAAGAAGAAGAGCUUAGUCGGGCUAAAGCUGACCUGGACCGGCUGCAGCAAGAGGAGAGUCAGCUAGAGCAGAGCCUGGCUGCUGGCAAGAUCCAAUUAGAGACCAUCAUCAAGUCUCUGAAGUCCACCCAGGAUGAGAUUAACCAGGCCCGCAGCAAAUUGUCACAUAUUCAGGACAAUCAGCAGGAAGUGUCUAAAAGCAUUGAGCAGUACAACAACACGCUGAAUGGAACCCACGGUGGCAGUAUGACCAACUUGGCUGACAUGAGCGAGGGCUUCAGUGACAGAGAAAAUGGAGGUUUCUCUACUAUGGGAAGGCCAAUCCAGGAAGAUCCAUUUAAGGUGAAACCAUCAGUGUUCAACAGUCAGCCUCAAGAGCCCCAGGCAGACCCUUUUCAUUCUGAAGAUCCUUUUCAAACGGAUCCAUUCAAAGGUGAUCCAUUUUUAAGUGAUCCCUUUGCAAAGCCACCAUCAUCAUCAUCUGCAGAUCCAUUUGGAGGGGAUCCAUUCAAAGAGACUGAUUUAUUCAAGGCGUCAUCAGAAGAUUUCUUCAAAAAGACCACAAAGGUGGACCCUUUCUCCACACAAGACCCCUUCAGUAAAAGUGCCACUUUACCUUCCAAGCAAACCAGUUAUUUUACAGGCACUGACCCGUUUUCUUCAAGCCACCCAAAAUCCAGAGCACCUGACUUGUUCAGCCCAUUAGACCCAUUUGGGAGCAGCUCAUUCAGCAGCGUGAACUCAUCGACUGGGUUUGCAGACUUCAGUCACAUGUCAAAGCCGAAAGACUCUUUUGAAGGAAGGGCCAGCUGGUUGCCAGACUACCAGAAGGCAGUGUUUGUGGACGACCCAUUCAGCAGGAAAGGUGAUAUGCCGGCUCUGCCUCCAAAAAAGUGUGUCCCUCCACGGCCCAAACCACCCAGUGGUAAAACAACACCAGUGAACUUGACUGGCCCAGCAGAUUCCUCCAAACCAUGUGACCCCUUUCAGUCAUUCACCUCUGAUGUCAUUGACCCAUUUCAGAGUAAAAAAGGCCCGGGAGAUCCAUUUAGUGGAAAAGACCCCUUCGCCCCAUCUUCAGCAUCAAGACCUGAAAAAGUCAAGUUUGGAAAUGAGGCUCAACAGUUGGAGUGGGCCAAGCGUGAGAGUGAACGGGCAGAGCGUGAACGACUCAAGAGACUCCGGCAGCAGGAACAAGAAGAUCUGGAGCUGGCCAUCGCACUCAGCAAGGCAGAGAUGUCUAAUGCAUGACCUGCAACCCACCACUAGUGACUGACAUCCAGAAACAUAGACAUGAAGCCCACAGCUCAAGUAAUUCCUAAUGUACAUGCACAGUCUGCAAUACACAUACACACACUCACAGCCGACCUGGUAGGAAAGAGACCUGAGGUUAUGACAACGGAUGUGAGGAAGAGGAGCCCUGAGUAUUUGCUCUGUGGUGAUGGAGCCAUACAAGCUGAUCCGGUCUCAUCUCUUUUCCAGUUGCGAUCUCAUCCAGGGGAAAUGAUCCCAAAACUCCCUGAGCAAGAUUAAGGGGGAUGUUUUCUUGUUGGUUGCACAAGCUGUGGCGAACACUACACUACGACUCUGACUGCCAGGCACACCGAACCUUUCUUUGAUCCAUACGCUGUGUGUUGUUUUCUUGAUGAGAUGACCCACCCCCCAAAGAGGACUGAAAAUGGGACAAAGAUGGUUUUUCUGUGGUCUCUAUCUCAGAUUCAGUAGGUAAAACACGUUUAGUGUUCUGGGUGGAGAACUAGAUGUACAGAAGUUAUUUAUGUCCUCAUGGUGGAGAACACUUCUCAGAAGAUCCUGGACCGAGUCUUACUGUAAAACCAUACACCCAUAUCAGGCUGGAUUAUUGAACUCAUACGUUUGACCCACAGACCCAAUGUUCAGAUCCUUUACUGCUCUGUGAGGCUCAUUCAACAGGAAAAGGAAACUUGGCUGAGUUGUCACUUCAUUAGGAACCCCGGUGCCCCGGCUAAUCAGCAACAUUUAGCGUUUAGUGUCCACAUAGAGGACAGCUGUCUUUUUAAAUUAUUGUAAAUAAAGUGUGGAUGUGACCACCUGAAUUAGUUUCAGUGCCCACAGAGCUCCGCUUGUUUCCCCCCUGCUCCAAGUUCAGCUAAUUUUAAGGUCAUUGGAAGGUAGGAGAAGCGGUCCUGACUGUGAUUGUAUCCAAAAGGAUCUGUUGUGAAGGUCCAUGAAACAUCUGGGAUGCUGCUUGUUACGACUUUUCUCGUCAUUCUGCUCUGCUGUCAACACAAACUGAAGUGGAAACUUUUUUUUUAAUGAAGCGCUCUUCACUGCUUCGACCCAGACUCUCUCAUGUGAACUAACUGAUGAACAGCUCCGACGUCGUUUAAGUCUCUGACUUCCUUCGACCUGCUGGAGCAGUUAAAGCCGCCAUAAAUGUGUUUAUUUUUUAUUGUUUUGACCAUAAUGUGAAAACCUUCCACUAUCUGUAAAAUACAUAGUUGUUCGUUCAUUUUAUGCUUCCAAUAAUGAGUGUUCAACCCCACAAACUGACCAGAGUCUGCCUCUAAUGUCCCGAUGCCACACAACACAGAAGAAAAGCUUCAUGAGGGAUUUUAUUUUCUAAAUUAAUCUUUUUGUUUUUUUAACACACUUUAAAUAUCUGGAGCUGGUUACUGUGACGCAUUGUCUUUGUCACUGGCUAGAAACUAGAAAGAUGUGAAAAAGUCUGCAGAAUCACCGUUUAAUAGAGCAGCAUUGACUUGACCACUUGUUUUUACUGUUAUUUUGUUUUUGUUUACUUGAAAGUUUGAAGGGGACUAACUAAUAAUUUCACAUAGAACUAACAAGACAGAUUCUGCUGAGCUGCUGUAGUUGGGUUUAAAACUGUAAAGCUACUUAGUCUGUACGUCACGUCUACUUGAACAGUUUGAGUUUUUUAAUGAUGAAUUAUCUAAAUAAAAACACAAAAUGAAAUGUUGAAAAAACAUGUUAUGCCAACUGAUUUCAAUAAAUGUAGUUGCUUAAAUUUAAAGAGUAAUAUACAUAGUUAUAUGUUAUGCUAAAAGUAAAUGUAUUACUUUACUUACUUUAAGCAGCUAGUUUUAGUGGGACCAGUUGACAUAGCUCAUUCAGGUAAAUUCAACAUUUCUUUUCUUAGAGUGUAGCUGACUGAACGGACUUCUGAAGUUAAAACCUGAUAUACUGUUGGUGACUUGUUGGCAGUGUUGGGAGUAACGCGGUACAAAAGUAAUUAAUUACUGUAAUGCAUUGCUUUUUGCUGUAAUGUGGUAAUGUAAGGCAUUACAGGGAAAGAAAAGGUAAUAUUUACUCGGUACAAUUGUCAGUAACGCGGUAAUUACAACGCAUUUUUAAACCCAGAAUCAAGACGUGGGUUUCCUAAAAAUUCAAAUUGCGGGAAGCCUGAAAAAAGAUCCAGUAUCCACAUAUAUGACGUCAUUUAUGGACUCAGCUUUGCGGGCAUUCUACGAGCAGAGAGGACGCAGCGGUAAUGGCUCAAAUACUCCAGCUGCGUCCUGCGCGCGGCCGCUGUUGUAUUCACAAAAUCGCUCCACCAAAACAAAGUAAUUCGUUUGUGAUCGUUUAUAUCAGCUCAUAUUCUCUGGUACUUCAUGUACUUUUCAGCUGGUUCAUAAUCUGUGCCCCAGGGAUUUCAACUCAUUGCUGCUGGAGCGCAUAUUAAGAUUUUUUUUAUGUUUGCGUUCGGUAGAUCCCUUUGGCUGAUUAGUUAGAAAGUAGAAAAUCUAGGAAACAGUUUUUCUGGAAGGCGGAGAAAACAUGAAGCAUGCAGGAAGGUUAGAGAGAGAAAGGGCAGGAAAUUAUUCACAUAGAAUCAAGAAAACAAAACAAAGUGCUUGAAAAGAAAAAAGUAGGUAGAUUCAUCCCCAAUACACAGUUUUACCAGUGAAAAGAAAUAAUAUAUAAGAAUUUAAUAUUUAUACAUGUGAUAGAAUCAGAUCACCCCAGAAGUCAGUCCCACAUCCAGGGCCGUAUCAAGGCAUUUGAGGACCAAGGCAAAUAUAUGCUUGGAGCCCCCACCACCUCACUCCCUGCUCAGUUAAUACAAGAUGGCAGCGUGCUGAGAGUACAGAUUGUUGUUGCUUUUAUUUAAUAAACAAUCAUUUGAAAGCACUGUUAUUAUAUCUGACUGUUUUUAACAGCAAUCCUAGCUCAGACACCACAUCACCUUCCUCUGGAUGUGUCAUGAGUUCACUGAGCGUCAGAUUACCAGAUUCAUACUGAAGUUGUUUUGGUGAAAGUAACUUAAAGUACUGCAAAAGUAGUGUAAUGCCUUACAUUUUAAAAUCAGUAAGAUUGUAAUGUAAUGAAUUACUUUUAAAUGAGGGAAACAAGUAAUAAGUAAUGCAAUACAGUUUUGAAGUAACUUGCCCAACACUGCUUGUUGGGCUCAAUCUUUUGUAACCACUUUGAAUAACGUACACCGCACUUUUAUCAAAAGUCCUAUGCCUGACCAAGUCGCAUGGUAAUUACAAAUACAUUGUGACGGUCAUGCAAAGUUUUUUUUUGAUACAGUUUAGUCACGAAGAGCGGUUUCAAAGGUUUCUCACAUUUCUUGCCCCAAAGAAUCAGUCAUUAUUUAGUGAGGAAGUUUGGCUCAAACAUAUUGGAGACAUUUUCAAACUUCAGUGAUUUGAGAGUGACACCCUAAGUAUGCAAGGAAUUUGAGAACUCUUGCAAAUGAUUUGAGACAUUUUGGAAACUCAGUGAAGCCGUUUACAGUUUGUCACCAACAGUCACAACCCAGUCAGAAACUCAGGUUAAAAAAAAGUCAUUCUUAAAACUUUCUUGAAGCUGCUGACAUCACCUGACAUUUACACUUUUAUUGCUUAGACGCUAGGUAUGUAACGAUCUUUGAUGGUGAAAGUGGUGUUGGUGAUGAUGAUGAUGACGACGAUGACUAUGCAUGGACUGGUUUCAGAUCUCUGCCCUGGAGCAAUGAGAUGUAAAGCAUUUCUUAUUGUGGUACAGAGCAGGAUGGUCACAUGACUAAAUCACUUAAAACUUUAUUUUUUUUUUGUAAAACCUAAUAAUUUUGGAGUCCAAAUGCUGAAUGUUCACUUCUGUAGGUGUUAACUGAUAUUAAAAUGAAGGGGAUAAAAAGAAGUUGGUCCUUCCUCUGCAGCCCUGCUUUGACUGGUUAAGUGUCAAAUGUGUUACUGAUGCAGCUGCUGUACAGUAGUAGCUGCCUUCAUCUUGACUGAGCCGAUAUAUCACUGUCAUGAGUAUCUGAAUGGGAAUCUGCUUUCUGUUGUGUCAACUAUCACCUAAUCAGUACGCUGAAGACCUAGAGAUGCUGGAAAAGGAUCUUCAAAUGACUGGCUGUUGUUGAAUUAUUCAACUUCAAAAAUUUAAAACCAUUUUAUUUAUUUCUUUUAUGUUGUAGGGUUUGGUCAAUUGAGUGCUUUAAGAGCGCAAUAUAUAUAUUACCUCUACUUAUGACCAAUAAGCUGUGAUACUCUAUCUAAAUAUAGAAUAUCUCCCUGCCUGGUCUUUAUCAGAAUCAGAAUCAGAGGGUUUUAUUGCCAUAUGUGUGCCAAGUCACAACAUUAGGAAAUUGCUGCCGUAUUUGGUGCAGAAGGAAAGAAAUAAAAAAUAAAUAUUUAAGAGAUAAGCAAAUAUAGGAAGUAAUAAAGUACUCAUGAUAAAAUAAUUUAUGUAAAAAGUGGCAAGAAUUAGAGAAGCAGCUAUCUACCCCGUGUAGGUACUAAUCUGAGUGUUUUUCAAGCACUCGGGUCACGUGACUGGGACCAAUUGACUUGAGUGGGCUGCCCUAGGAUUUUCGUUCAAAAGUCCAACUGCAGAGGGGAAGAAACUGUUUUUGUGGCGAGAGGUUCUGGUCCGAAUGGAUCUGAGCCUUCUGCCAGAUGGGAGCGAGUCGAAGAGACUGUGUCCAGGGUGACACGAGUCAGCUAUUAUCCGACCUGCACGCCUCAAUGUUCUAGAGGUGUACAGAUCCUGUAUGGAGGGGAGUUUGCAGCCAAUGACCUUCUCUGCAGAGCACAUGACACUCUGCAGCCACUUCUUGUCCCUGGUGGUAGCUCUAGCGUACCACACGGUGAUGGAGGAGGUGAGGAUGGACUCGCUGAUAGCAGUGUAGAAAUGCCUCAUCGAUUGUGGUGAUAGGUUGAAUUUCUUCAGCCGCCUCAGGAAGUACAUCCUCUGCUGGGCCUUUUUUCUGAUGGUGGUGAUGGUGGGCUCCCAUUUGAGGUCCUGGGUGAUGGUGGUGCCCAGGAAGCGACAUGAGUCCACCAUCGUGAUGGGAGUGUCAGACAGGUUUGGGGGUGGGGUUGCCUAAAGUCCACAACCUCCGCUGUCUUCUGGGUGUCUAGCACCAUGUUGUUGUGGCUGCACCAGGACACCAGCCGUUCAGCCUCCAUUCUGUAAGCGGACUCAUCCCCAUCAGAGAUGAGUCAGAUGAUGGUGGUGUCGUCAGCAAACUUAAUUAGUUUUACAGACUCAUGUUUGGAGGUGCAGCUGUUGGUGUACAGCAGGGGUGGGCAAUUAUUUUUUCCAUGGGGCCACAUGAGAAAUAGAAAAUAUUGUGGAGGGCCGCAGGCCAAAAGGCUGAAGUCAAUUAUGCAUAAUAUUAAUGGUAUUUCUUUAAAAAAGGCAGUAAAUACCAUUGUUUCUUCAAGCUGUAAGAGUAGACUAUAUGUUAUAAAUGAGCAAAAAGGAAAAAGUGAGGUUGGCUUACAAAAAUGUGAUUUAUUCAAAUUUCCCAAGGCAAUGGUAAACAAAGUGUGCACAUUUGGUUUUUGUUAAACAUUUGUGACUUAUAUUAGUUAACAGUUUCAAUCACAUUCACUCCAAAACACAUUCUGAGUUUCAAAUAUUGUUGGAAAGAGGUUCUUAGCAUUCUACAGACACACAGUAUCGUCUGUAAAAUAAAAUCACUGAACUGUGAUCUUGAGAAAGAGGUUUAAAAAAAGUGUCCCAGUUCACUGCUAGUUGCCUACAUUUGUGGUCCAAACACCUUAUUUUGUGUUUUUAAGCAAUUUUUUUCUUAUUCAUUGAGAGAAAUCUAGUCUCUGCUGGGCUUUAACGAGUGCAUCAAAGUCAGGUUGAAUGUCUGAGGUGGAGAUGCGAAGCACAGCUGACAAAUGAUCAUCAGUGAGAGAGGAUCUUUACCUGGAUUUUGUAAACUUCAUCAUUGAAAAUGCUUGUUCACAAAUGUAGGUAGAGCCGAAGAGAACCAACAUCUUCUGAGCAUGUCUCUUCAGGUUUGGAAAAUCCUCCUUAAGAGAAGAGUAGAAAUCCAGCAGAGAUCCUGAAUCUCUGCUUUCAAGUCCCAAACCCUCUUCAGCACUUUCCCCAGGCUGAGCCAUCUGACAGCUGUGUGGAGUCCUCCACAAGAGCCACAAACUGUCUGUGAUCCAUCGCCCGCGCCCUGAUGAAGUUUAUUAUUUUAAUAACAACAUCAGUAACAUGGUUGAUUUUUAGCACUGACUUGCACAACACAUGUUGGUGUAUAAUACAAUGCAAAAACACCUAUUUUUGAUCUGCAUCGAUUUCUGUCACUUUAUCUUGCAUGUGGAUGAGGAAAACGAAAUAAAGAAAGUGAAUCUGUG